AUGCAUAAUUAAUUAAUUGAAAGAAAUGCUAUUGAAUCUCUCUUAAAUGUUUGUUAUGAUGAAUAACCAUAGUAUGAUGAUGAUUAUGAAUAAGAAAUUAGAUAAUUAUUGAAACGAACUAUCCCAAUAAGAAAAAAAAAAGAUGAAAAUGAAAUUUCAUCUCGUUAAAACACAAUAAGUUUUCGAACUCCUCUACGAUAUUAGAAUGAAUUCAGAUUGAAAACUGAAAUGAGAUCUCAAGUUAAACAACCUAAAACUUAAAGAAUACCAAAAAAAAUUCCACAAAUAACUUUGAAAUAAUCAACAAACCCAUAAACCAAAUCAUUUCGUGAUAUUAAUCAUAAAAAUCAAAUUCCUCUCAAAACUUCAAUUGUUUCCUUAUAAAAUUCCACUGGUUUUAGUAUUUUAAAUGCAUCUGAAUAUUAAAAUCCUGUUUUGGUAUUUUAAAAAAAGUCUUUAUAUCUACCCAGAUUUGUCUAAAGAUUAAAGUAACAACAAUUAUUUAAUUAAAAGUGA